UGGUGCUAUAUGCCCUCGGUAACUAACUAUCUCGACAGGCGGAAUCCCUCCAAUUAUCUACGGCGACAUUGGCGGCCCAGACCGCUGGAUCUGGUUCGUCCUUGCGAACCUGCUCGCGCUCGCUGCCGUCUGCCCCUUCGUCGGCGCGCUAUCCGAUCUCUUCGGUAGACGCUGGGUUUCCAUCGGCGGAUCGAUACUCAUUAUCAUUGGCAUGAUUGUAUGCUCUACAGCAAAGACGAUGAACACAUUCAUUGGCGGCAUGGCCAUUGCAGGUGCCGGUGCAGGUGUUAACGAACUUACCGCCCUCGCUGCGACAUCCGAGCUCGCUCCCACGGCCAAGCGUGGCAAAUAUGUCGCCGUCCUCGUGCUAACUAUCCUUCCCUUCGCACCCUCCGUCCUUUGGUCGCAGCUGAUAUCCCAACACACCAGCUGGCGCUGGGUCGGUCUCCUAUGCGGACUCUGGUCUUUUAUCGGCCUUGUCAUGGUCGUAAUCUUCUACCACCCCCCGCCCCGCGUCAAUAGCAACGGCCUCACUCACCGCCAAGUCCUCGCUCGGGUUGAUUAUGUCGGCGGCUUGCUCUCCAUCUCCGGCGUCAUCAUCUUUAUUGCCGGCGUGCUCUGGGGCGGCUAUGGCUACACCUGGACGUCUGUCCACACCCUUGUCCCGAUUUUCAUCGGCGCCCUCCUGCUCGUCCUCUUUGUCAUCUGGGAGAUCAAAUUCGCACCUUACCCCAUGUUCCCGCGCCGCAUUGGCAAGGACCCGCGAAUCCUCGCCAUGACGCUAGUCAUUACCUUCAUCUCCGGCGCCAACUUCUUCGCCGUCAUCCUCUUCUGGCCUACCCAAGCAUUCAACGUCUACGGCCAUGACCCCGUUGGCGUUGGACUCCGUGGUCUGCCCGUCGGUUUCUCCAUCCUCUUUGGCGCCUGCAUCGUCCUCUGGCUACUGUCCGUCUUCCGUGGGAAUAACCGCGCCCUCAUGAUCGGUGCCUCCAUCAUGAUGACUGCCGGCACCGGCGCCAUGGCCGCCGCCAACCGCGACAACCUCCCCGCUGUCUACGGCAUCCUUGUCGUCGCUGGCCUCGGUAUCGGCGGCAUCGUCAUCCCGGCAUCGAUCAUAACCACCAUCAUCUGCCCCGACGACCUAAUCGCCACCGUCGCUGCGCUCACACUAUCCAUCCGCGUCAUCGGCGGCGCCAUCGGAUUCACCGUCUACUACAACGUCUUCUACGCUAAGCUCGUCCCCAAGCUCACGGCCUACGUCCUUCAAGUCUGCCUACUCAAUGGCAUCUACGACGAGGCCUCCAUUACCAUCAUCGCCCAGCUCAUCGGCGCCAGUCUCACGGAACAUAUUCUGCAUGUCCCUGGUGUUGACGGCAAUGUCACGAAGUGGGAGUUGAUUAUCCACGCGGGCGAGAUGGCGUACGCAGAGGCGUAUCCGUAUGUUUAUUACGCGAGUAUUGCCUUUGGGUGUGUCGCGAUCAUUGCGAGUCUUAUGUUGGGCGAUAUUAAUAAGUAUAUGGAUGACCAUGUGGCGGUGGUUAUCCAUUAAGAUUCAUGUACUUAUUUUUUCUAGAGAUGGGAAGGAGGGGCGUUAGCCCCCUUUUUGUAUCUGAUGGUGGUGGUGGCAUUAUAUACUGAUCUAAUCGUUCUUAUGCUACAAAUUAACACCACAUUUUAGGAUCUGAAAGCCUUUCGGUUUUUGAAGCAAGACUGUUUUCUUGUGAUUCAUGGCCUGUUGUCUCCAUAUCUAUAUUUGUCAACUUACCUACAAACGCCUUGGAGGCUGGAUAAAAGUUCAAUCCACCAUCACUGCCCUUCAUUAUCGCUGCAGGGUCUGAGAGUACGGCAACAUGUCUCACCACAACCCCUCAUCACCUGGUGUCGAUACUGUAGGUUAGAAUACGCCAAAGCGUUGGGGUUCAGUUCAGCCCCUCCAUGCUCAAUAUACUACAUUAAAUCAGGCC